AUGGAUAUUCAACGCUCCGGGUAUUCGGGAGGACUCAUCCGUGGCAAGGUCCAUGUGAAUGAGGUUGAUCGAGGGUUCGUGAGUGGUGAUGUUUUGCAUGGGGAGGAGAUAGGCUGGAUUGAUGUUGUUGUUGUUGUAGAAGCACGAGCGGAUCUCCGGAAAGUGAAGGAGGCGAAGGAGAGGGUUGAAGGAGUCAACAGGGACGAAGGUAAGACAGAGGGGGGGAGGAUGCUGGUCGAGGCGAAGUAG